AUGGCACUAAAAAGCACCAGAGCAACUUGUCGGUCCUCUUCUGGCGAACACACACGCCACAUUAUUAUUAAAAGGUCAAAAUGCAUGCUACACAUGAUGGAGUUGACUAUGGGAGAGUUAAGCCUGGAUAUGGGUGAUGGCAUCAAAGGAACCAUUAUUCAGAUGUCGACAAAGCGCUCCUGUGGCCAAAACACUGUGAAACUGGCGUCUGGAUUGUCGAAGCCAUUUGCUACACAUCUAAGGGUUAUGGAGGAGCAGGGCUGUCCUGCCUUGUAUCGUGUGGAUGGUUUUGAAGGACUUAUUGAAGGGGAAAUAUUAGCCACUGGAUCUGGAUUUCAACGCCUUUAUGGUAUACUGGACUUGAAUGCAAUGUUUAUGUUCGAAAAUGACAAUAGUCUUCUUAAUAAUUGGCUGAAGGGUGUUCUACAUAGGGCGCCUCGUUGGAAAAAUUAUGGCUCUUGCUCACGUUGGUCUGUCGAUGAAGCUACGAAGGUUGUCCUAAGAAAUAUAUCAUGGGUUGCAGAGAGUGAGGGAGGUGGAGACUUCGUUACCGUGUGUUCUGUGGGACGUCGCGGGGUGACUUGUGUGCGUCGUGACGAGCCAAUCAAACACGUUCCGCAGACCUUGGGGAAGGAUAUGACAAAGAGGGCUGAGCUUCGUGGGGGGAAACCUCCCGCCUACCUUACUGAUGUCCCUUUGCCAUCAUUCCGUCAUCCUGCGGGGAGACCUCCAUUCACGUGGGUUUAG